UGGAUAGGAACUCUCCCUUCGCCAGCCGUACCCUCCCAGAUCUUUUGUUCACCGCCUAAGACGAAGCCCAACUUUUGCCCCUUCUCCGAUUCCCUCCUUACACGUUUGAGCUCGCGCCAGAGCUCGCCCGUUGCCCGUCAUGAAGACACAAUGGAAGGACAUCCCUGCAAUCCCCAAUCACCAACAGAUGACGGACAUUGUCCUAUCGUCGACCCAGAGGAAACUACCUACCCAGAUCCGCGCAGGGUUUAAGAUCAGCAGAAUCAGGGCAUUCUAUACCCGUAAGGUCAAAUUCACUCAAGAGACCUGCUCUGAGAAGCUGGGCGCCAUUGUCGAGGCUUUCCCUCGCCUCAACGAUAUUCAUCCCUUCUACAAGGACCUCAUGAACACGCUAUACGAUGCCGACCAUCUCAAGAUUGCCCUCGGCCAAGUGUCAACUGCGAAGACUCUCAUUGAGACUGUGUCUCGCGAUUACGUCCGUUUACUCAAGUACGCGGGCAGUCUUUUCCAAUGCAAGCAACUCAAACGAGCAGCCCUGGGUAGAAUGGUCACCAUUAUCAAGCGACUCAAGGACACCUUGCUGUAUCUUGAGGAGGUUCGCAUGCAUCUAGGUCGUCUUCCAUCUAUCCAGCCAAAUACGCGGACCUUGCUCGUCGCUGGUUUCCCCAACGUUGGCAAGAGUUCUUUCCUUCGCUCGGUCUCAAGAGCGGACACCGAAGUCCAGCCCUAUGCCUUCACAACUCGAAGCCUCUUCAUUGGGCACUUCGACUACAAGUAUCUGCGGUUCCAGUGCAUCGAUACUCCUGGAAUCUUGGACCACCCCCUGGAGGAGAUGUCGACUAUUGAGAUGCAGUCCAUCACGGCCAUUGCCCAUCUGCGGUGCGCCAUUAUGUAUUUCAUGGAUUUGAGCGAGCAAUGCGGUUAUUCCGUUCAGGCCCAGAUUAAUCUAUUCAACAGCAUCAAGCCGCUCUUCGCGAACAAGCUCGUUUUUAUCGUCAUCAACAAGAUCGACAUUGUCAAGCCCGAGGACCUCGACGCAGAGACACAGGAGCAACUGAACACCCUCCUGAAAGCUGGUGAUGUCGAGAUGUUGCAGCUGUCGUGCAGUACGCAGGAAGGCGUUCAGGACGUCAAGAACACUGUUUGCGAGCGGCUACUCGCCGAGCGCGUUUCAGAGAAGCUGAAGGCCGGCACUACCAACAAUGGUGCCAUUGGUGGUCGUCUGGCAGAAGUCAUGUCGCGCAUCCAUGUUGCCCAGCCGAUGGGCGCGCCGCUCCCGACGUUCAUUCCCGAGGCGGUGAAGAACCUCAAGAAAUACAACAAGGAGGAUCCGGACCGACCGAAGCUCUCGCGCGAUGUCGAAGCUGAAAAUGGUGGUGCGGGUGUCUUCAACGUCGACCUCCGAGCCGACUAUCUUCUCAAGAACCCCGAGUGGAAGUAUGACAAGGUGCCUGAGAUUUUCAACGGCAUGAACGUGGCCGACUUCAUCGACCCGGAGAUCGACGCCAAGCUCGCCGCGCUCGAGGAGGAGGAGGAGAGACUGGAGGCCGAAGGGUUCUACGACUCGGACGAAGAACUCGACGACGAGGAGGAGGCCACUAUCCUCUCCCAAGCCGAACACAUCCGCGAGAAGCACGCCCUCAUGCGCAACGAAGCCCGCAUGAAGAAGCGCCUCAAGAACCAGGCCAUCAUCCCCCGCAAGAAGGUCCGCAUUCCGCUCUCCAAGAUGGACGAUGCCCUCGACCAGCUCGGUGUCGACACCACGGACAUCGUGUCCCGGGCGCGUUCCCAGUCCCGGCCCAGAGGCCGCUCUCUCACCCGCAGCCGCGCCGGCACCGAGGACGCGGACGGCGAUGCGAUGGACCUCGACGCCACCCCGCGCGAACGCCUGCGGUCCAAGAGCCGUGCCCGUAGCAUGGGCCCGGCUACCAACCGUCGCGAUGAUGGUGUCCAGGACGAGACGGCGCGCAGCAAGGCUGACCGUAUGGCCAAGUUGGGCCAGCAGAAGAUGAACCGUAUGGCUCGCCAGGGUGAGGCGGAUCGCCACCAAACGGCGUCUCUUCAAAAGUGGUUGGUUGCCGGUAAGCGUGGCAUUGGCAAGAACCAGCGUCGUUAAACUGGCCAUGUUCCUAUCGCCUCUUGCGAAUGGUUUGGCCUGGUUUUCUCCUAUCAUAAGGUAGUCGCUUUCGUCAUCGUGUAGGGCAUUGUCUUUCGAGGCGUUUUGGCGCGAGGGGUGCCGUGAUUUCGUGAUCAGGGAAACUGCAAAAAAUACAAGAAACAGGACGUAUAUACCUAUCUAUCUGUCGACUUGAUGGAUACUUGGAGAGAUGUGGGCAUUUCACUCCAUGUAUGAUAUGUCCAUGGACAUGGAGGCAGGAUGCAAAGGUGGAAGAUUGAGUUCCUCUGGACCUAGAUACCGUCAAUGACUUAUAUGACCUACAUUAUUCCAUCCGCU